AUGGAGAAGGACGGAGGAUGGCUUGCUGAAGGCGACUACGACGACUUUGUCCGGUCCCUAUGUUUCUCAGACCCUCGACUUAGACAACGAGACCCCAAGGCCCGAACCCAGCGCAUCCCCUUUACAGACGACGGAGUCCGAGUCGUCAAUCUCACCCUCGGAGACAACGGCGCCUUCACCAGAACGGCACAGUUCGAAGUACCAGCCGACCUAGAAGCACACUUCCACAACGCAACAUUACAGCAAGGACAGCAAAACAUUUACAUCCUCGAGGGCCUCGGCCCCGGCUUCGCUGGCGUUUUCGGACAUCACUUCGCGCUGCACCCUUCCGUGUUCGUCGAGCACGAGCGCGUGGUCGUGCACAACGUCAACUGGACGGGCGAGAGCGACGGCGCGCAGCUGCCGUCGGUGCUGCGGGCCCGCGGGCACGUGGUGAUGAAGUACUACGAGGUCGUGACGUUUGAUACGCGGCCGACGAGUUUUCGGUGGGUGUGUGCGGCGACGGGGCGGCAUAUUGGGGUCUCGCGGGAUUUCAAGUGGGAUAAUUCGCCGGACGAGUUUGAUCGAUUUCUGAAUGUCGGGGUUGUGAGGAGGAAGUGUGGUGUUUGGUCGAGGAGGGGUGAGGGUGGUGGGUGGGAUUGUCUUGUUCUCUGUGAUCCUCCGGUGCGAAGAGUUCGGACGGGAGAUGAUUACAAGAUAGAGCACGAAGUCAAGACUUGGCCAUACCAGGGUGGCUACCUCGACUUCGUCCCCGAAGACUCGCAAAUCCGCGUCGCCAGAGAAAGAGGGCGUCACCAUCACGGCGGGCCCCCGAGGACCUCCAUGCUGGAAGACCUCGCCUUCUACCUCGAGACACACUCUCAGCUAGUCAAAGUCACGGACCCGGAAUCCGUGGUCAACGUCUUUCUGAGCAAGAUUGUGGCCUCACACUUGCUCAAGCAGACGGAGCACCUUCGCGCUACGCUAUCUGCAGUACAGCGCGGUCUCACGCGCAAGCAGGACCUCGCGAAGCUGCCGAUGACCAAAGUCGAGGCGCUCUGGAGUGAUAUGCAGGGUUGGGAGAGGCGGACGGGGGAGUAUCUCGAGGACGUGGAGGGGAUCAUGCUACAACUCGGGAUCCCACUGUCGCCAACACCUCCAGCAGUGGCCGGAACCACCACUGCGAUGCCACCACCGCAAUCCACUGGAAAAGACAACAGCACAGCGGCGUGGUCAGACUGCUCGGCGGACUUUCAGUUCCUACACCUCCGGUUCCGGGAACUGCGUCAUCGCGCCGAGACGCUCAACGCGGCGGUGACGGGGCUAGCAGGCAUCACGGGAAACAGGCAGGCGUACAAGGAGCAGCAGCGGAGCAUUCGUGAAGCCAAGAGCACAAAGGCGGUGACGCUGCUGGGGUUGGUUUUUAUCCCGCUGGCGUACACGGCUUCUGUGUUUUCGAUUGAGAAGCCCUUUGGACCUGGGGGCGAGCUGUUCUGGGUGUAUUUUGUGACGUCGGCGCCGCUGAUUUUGGUGGUUAUGGUUGGGUAUUAUGUGUUAGAUUUUGGGUAUAAUGAUGAUGGGAGGGCGUGGUCUGUGGAUACAUUUGCAAAGUCGGUUGGUGAGAGGGUGCCUGGGCUGAAGGGGAGGGAUAUAGAGACGAGGUUGGCUGGAUAA